CAACACUGCUUCCAAAAUAAAAAACACUAUCCAUUUUAGCUCAGACAGUGAGCGACGAGUAACCACCAUGGCUACCACUCCUUCGCUUCUACACUCAUCUGGGUCCUCCUUUCUGGCUCAAUUUCGUGCCUUUCCAUCUCCAUUGUCUUCUUCUUCACUGUUCCCUUAUCGAAACAAGCAUGGAAGCGCUGUGGUGUCCGUGAAGGCCACUGCUGCUGGGGCUGUUCUGGUAGAGAAGUCUGAGGCUGAGAAUGUCAAUAGGCUUAAAACAACUUACAAAGAGAAAAUUAUUCCCUUGCUUAUGGAGGAAUUCUCUUACACCAACAUACACCAGGUGCCUAAAAUUGAGAAGAUUGUGGUUAACUGCGGUAUAGGAGAUGCUGCACAAAAUGCAAAGGGUUUGGAAGCGGCGAUGAAUGAUCUAGCACAGAUCACAGGGCAGAGACCUAUUAAGACUCGGGCCAGGGCUUCCGUUGCCACAUUCAAGAUCAGGGAAGGUCAACCACUUGGGAUUGCUGUAACACUCAGAGGAAAUGUAAUGUACUCAUUCCUAGACCGAGUUGUCAACUUGGGACUUCCCAGGACAAGAGAUUUCCAAGGUGUGAACCCAAACAGCUUUGAUGGACAUGGAAAUUACAGCAUUGGUGUUAAGGACCAGAGUGUGUUCCCAGAGAUCAGAUCUGAUAUUGUUGGUAAGGCAAGGGGAAUGGAUAUCUGCAUUGCCACAACAGCUAAAACUGAUCAAGAAGCACAGAGAUUAUUGGCUCUUAUGGGUAUGCCUUUCAGAGAGGGAGGUGGUCCUUCCACCACAGGUAACAAAAAGAAGAAGCUGAAAUCUCAUCAUUUUGAUGCAAAAUCAAAGGGAAAAGGAAAGAAGUAAUGUAAUUUUAAUGCAAAAUCAUAGUGAAAAAGAAGUAAGCUUGUGACCAGAAGAGAUACUAUGUUGUAAACUUAGUUCCCUUCAUAUGUAGUAUUGUUUAUUCUUUUUGUAAGAGAUAUGGAUAUGCCAUCAACUGUGUCAUUAAAAGGUUAUAUUAUGGCUAUGCAGUUUAUUUCUAGGUUAUUUCGUUUAGUAGACAAUUGUUU